UUCAGUUACUUUUAGUACUCGCCAUAACACCAGCAACACCGAGGAAGCAUCAAAGGUUUUAUAUUUGCUCAUUUUUGACCAUUUUUAGCGUGAAAAUGAACUUAAGUUCGGCAUAAAUCCAUUUAACAAGUGCCCCGACAUCGAAAGCAUUUGAAAUUUUAUCAGUAAUUGUGGAAAUUUGUCCAAAAAUCCGGGAAACGUAAAUUCCAUCGCAUCUCUGAGGACACACAUUGGAGCACACGAAUCGUAGAGCACUGCGUAAUUUACAUCAAAAAACGAAAGAAUCAAGAUGGCUGCAUUUCAAAUUUUUGAGGAUCGCGAAAAUCCCGUCGAAAAGGAGAAUCGUGUGCAUGGCGGAGGCAUCAAAAUGGGCGUCGGCAAGGCUGCUUUGGAGAAACGGAGCACCUUGGCGGUCCUAAAUAACGUAAUUGACCGCACAGAAAUGCAUUCCGAGAAACCAGGCCUCAUGGAAAAUGCUCGGAUAAACUUGAAAAAUGUCGGCAAAAGCGCAAGUAACGAUGAAAACGCAUUUUGUUUCCAACAACAAAAGAAAGCUGCGGAGCCUUUCAAGGGUUUCGCCGUGUACGAAGAUGCGAAAAAAGACGUUGUUGAUCAUGCCAAAGUGGAAAUUCCCGCAGAAAUUCCCCGAAACCCUUUGCACGAGCUCAAAUCCGAUACGCCCAUGUCUGUGAGUGGCAUCAUGUCGCCCAUGUCGGUCGAUACGUCAAUCGUUAUUCCCGAAACCCCCGAGAAAUUGUUGGCUAUUCCGCGCAACGAUCGCGAACGCUUCUUCGAAGUCCCGCAAUAUCAACACGAUAUUUUGGCGUAUUUGAAGGAAGCGGAGCUCAAACAUCGUCCAAAACCGGGGUACAUGCGCAAACAACCCGACAUCACGCAUUCCAUGCGAACGAUCCUUGUCGAUUGGUUGGUUGAGGUUUGCGAGGAGUAUCGUUUGCAAAAUGAGACGCUUUGUUUGGCGAUUUCGUACAUUGAUCGGUUUUUGAGUUAUAUGUCGGUUGUUCGUGCAAAAUUGCAAUUAGUUGGCACUGCUGCGAUGUUUAUUGCUGCCAAAUAUGAGGAAAUUUAUCCGCCAGAUGUCGGGGAAUUUGUCUACAUUACCGACGACACGUACAGUCGAUCGCAAGUCCUCAAGAUGGAGCAACUGAUUUUGAAGGUUUUGAGUUUUGACCUUACUGUGCCAACUGCACUUGUUUUCACGCAAUUGUAUUGCAUCAUGAACGAGAUCCCGGAUAAGGUCAAGUUUCUCACUAUGUAUUUGUGUGAAUUAUCACUCCUCGAGGCAGAUCCCUAUCUCCAAUACCAUCCAUCGAAGAUUUCCGCAGCUGCUCUCGCCGUCGCUCGUCACACAUUGGACAUGCCAAUGUGGUCUAAGAGCUUGGAGGAAGAAGUUGGCUACACUUUGGACGACUUGAAGGAAAUUAUCAUGCACUUGAACAAGUCAUUCGAAGCCGCCGCUGAAUUAGGGCAACAAGCAAUCCAAGAAAAAUACAAAUCUAGCAAAUUCCAUUCCGUGUCGCAGUUGAAACCAUCUCUCAUUGAAGAGGCGACUUUUACCUCUACCGACAACGAUCGAAACGUGCGGAAAAUGAUUUCCCAUCUUGCCGUUUAAAGAAAAAGUGUCACUCGUCACUAUUUACCUCCGUUUUUUUACCGUUUAUUAUAUUUUAUAUGUUAGUCCUUUGUUCUUGCUUGGAACCACGAAUGAAACCUCGUGCGAAGAUAUUUACUUAAGCCCACACACACUAAUUUUACACACAAUUUAAUUUAAAACUAUACAAAGAAAAAAACUCGAAUUCCUCCAACUUGCAACAACUACUCAUUAAAAUUACGAUAAUUAGUGUAUUGUUUGAGUCAAAAAUCAAUAAUUUUAUGGUUUGUGUUGAAAAUGUACAAAAAAAAUGACAAUGUCCCCUUAAAAAUAUUUAUAAAAAUGGGACAAGAAAAAAAAAUUAAAAAUAGAAAAAAAUCACAAAAAAAUAAUAUUUACAACAAAACAAACGAAAACUGAUGCUUAAAGAAAAUAAGACAAAAAAAGUUUAUUUUUUAAAUUGAACAAAUAAUUUUGUACUGAAUGUAUUUUGUAAUAUAGAAAUUUGUAGACAUAAUUUAAUAAUUAGAAAUUACAUAAAUUUAAGGAAGUUGAAUCCUAGUUGAUACAUAAAAUAAAAUAAAAAAAAUAAAUGUCAAAAUUCAUAAAAAUA